GGGGGGGUCUAGUCUUCUGUGUCCCGUAUUGGCACAAGCUGGACCAGACUACAGCGGGUGCGUGUUGGACGUACAACGAGUACGUCUACUUCCAAUCAAAAGACACCGAUUUUUCUUUCUCGGAUCUCUCUAGAAAACGGACCUUGGCUUGAUCCGAUUCGUUUUGACCUGUAAUGGGAGUAUGUUCAGUGUGAUAUUACUGGCCGAUUAACACGGAUUCAAGCGACAUCUCUUGACUAACGCUUAUAGUUGUGAAAAAUAAGAUCUCCGGUUGAACAGUAUUAUCUGUCAAAAUGUGUCCAACUUCCCCCCGAUUGACAAUGUGUGGCUAUUACUAGCCGCGUAAUCUGAGAAAAAAAUUAGAGUCAAACUUUUCGGAAAGAGGGUCGUUUGUCGCUAUGAGAGCAGAGGGGUAAGGCUAGCUCCCUGGCUAGGCUAAGUAGCUAAGCUAAGUGGCUAGGCUAAGCCUCUGUCGCCCUUCCAGUCCACCACCACCAGAGGAGGGGCAGCCGGGCUUUGUAGCAUUGCAGAUCUGUCCUGUUACGAGGUGUUGAUGCAUUUUUGUUGCCGCAGGAAUGGAGAACCACAAAUACCACCAACUCAGAGGAUCCGUUGAACUGCACUAACGGCUCUUCUGUGUGUGUGCAUAUAUAGGUUUUUGUAUGUACUUGAGGAUAUUCUCUUCGGGUGUGGAUAAGAAGAAAACAACAGGAGCCCCCCCUGAAAGGAAAUAAGUAACAACCAACGUCAGGGCUCGGAUCAGGUCUGCCGGCCGGGGCACGGUCUGGGAUUGAGAGGAAAACCUAGUGUAAAGUGUCUUUAUUUGUGGGGGAAGAAGUCUGCGGGAAAAUGAGAAAAUACCGCACGUCCCAUUACCCCAUGAGAUACUGUAAGGACACAUGUGAAAGAGCGAGGUCAUGAAUGAUCCGCAUUCAACCAAGUCCUAGCCGGUAUUAGCACAAGUUUUGAACACAUUCAAGGUGAUAUUACUGCAGAUCGACACACCGCUCCGGACACGCCGAGGAAGCGUUUGAUCGGCGUCCUUCUGUGAAGAUUUUUAUUCAAAAUCAGUUUCAAAACACAGUCGGAAUCAUGUCGGGAGAAGUACGUUUGAAGAAACUGGAAAAGCUGAUCCUGGACGGGCCAGCUCAGUCUAAUGGCCAAUGUCUUAGUGUAGAAACGCUAUUGGAUUUCUUCAUCUGUCUCUACGACGAAUGCAACAACUCCCCGCUCAGAAGAGAGAAGAACAUUUUGGAGUUUUUGGAAUGGGCGCGACCCUUCACCUCCAAGGUGAAGCAGAUGAGGCUGCACAAGGAGGACUUCGAGAUCCUCAAGGUGAUUGGACGAGGAGCCUUCGGAGAGGUUGCCGUGGUGAAGGUGAAGAAUGCAGACAAAGUGUUUGCCAUGAAGAUCCUCAACAAGUGGGAAAUGUUGAAAAGGGCUGAGACGGCGUGUUUUCGGGAGGAGCGGGACGUGCUGGUGAACGGGAACAGCCAGUGGAUCACCACCCUGCACUAUGCCUUCCAGGAUGACAACAACCUGUACCUGGUGAUGGACUACUACGUGGGCGGGGACCUGCUGACCCUGCUCAGUAAGUUUGAGGACCGGCUGCCGGAGGAAAUGGCCCGCUUCUACCUGGCGGAGAUGGUGCUGGCCAUCGACUCUGUGCACCAGCUGCACUACGUCCACAGGGAUAUCAAGCCUGACAACAUCCUGAUGGAUAUGAACGGACACAUCCGCCUGGCCGACUUUGGCUCCUGUCUCAAGCUGAUGGAGGAUGGAACGGUGCAGUCUUCGGUGGCGGUGGGGACCCCGGACUACAUCUCCCCAGAGAUCCUGCAGGCCAUGGAGGACGGCAAGGGGAAGUACGGCCCCGAGUGCGACUGGUGGUCCCUGGGGGUCUGCAUGUACGAGAUGCUGUACGGAGAGACCCCCUUCUACGCAGAGUCCCUGGUGGAGACCUACGGGAAGAUCAUGAACCACAAGGAGCGGUUUCAGUUCCCGCAGCAGGUAGCCGAUGUGUCGGAGGAAGCGAAGGACCUGAUUCGCCGGCUCAUCUGCAGCCGGGAGCACCGAUUGGGCCAGAAUGGCAUUGAAGACUUCCAGCAGCACCCGUUCUUCUCUGGCAUCGACUGGGACAACAUCCGCAACUGUGAGGCCCCCUACAUCCCGGAGGUCAGCAGCCCCACAGACACGUCCAACUUCGACGUGGACGACGACUGUCUCAAAAACUCGGAGACCAUGCCCCCUCCCUCCCACACGGCGUUCUCGGGUCACCACCUGCCCUUCGUGGGCUUCACCUACACCAGUAAAUGCGUGCUGUCAGACAGGGGCAGCCUGCGGGACCUGGCGGUGCAGGCGGGCCGGGGCGGGCUGGACCAGGUGGAAGCCUGCCUGCAGGACAGCCUGGCCACCGAGGCCUACGAGAGGAGGAUCCGGCGGCUGGAGCAGGAGAAGCUGGAGCUCAGCCGCAAGCUGCAGGAGGCGACCCAGACGGUGCAGGAGCUGCAGCACCCGGGCUCGGAGCUGCCCCUGACCCCCAGCCGGGAGCUGGAGAUCAGGAGCCUGAAGAGUGAGAUCGACCUCCUCAAGAAGCAGAUCGCCGACUCGGGCCAGAUCGAGAAGCAGCUGGAGGAUGUGACCUCGGCCAGGAGGGACAUGGACGACUCGUCCAAACACACCAGGAACCUGGAGAAGCAGAUCCGGAGCCUGGCCCAGGAGAAGGACGACCUGCACAAGGACAUGGUGGAGGCCAGUGAGAAGCUCAAGUCCCAGUCCAAGGACCUGAAGGAGGCUCACGGCCAGAGGAAGCUGGCCAUGCAGGAGUUCUCGGAGCUCAACGAGAGGCUCACGGACCUCAGGACGACCAAGCAGCGUCUGGUGCGGCAGCUGCGGGACAAGGAGGAGGAGAUGGAGAGCCACGCCCAGAAGGUGGAGGCCCUGCGGCUGGAGGUGCGCAAGGCGGACAGGGCUAAGAAGGAGCUGGAGAUGGUAGCGGAGGUGCAGACGGCCGAGGCCCAGAAGGAGAGGAAGCUGAGGGAGAGGAACGAGCAGUACAGCCGACAGCUGGAGGAGGAGCUGGAGGGAUUCAAGUCCAAGCAGGGCCUGUCCCCGACCACCAGCCCCGGGGACCCCACGGCGGCGGCCUCCUCCCAGGAGGGGGCGGUGCGCCCGCGGGCCGACCUGGAGCAGAAGGUGGGCCACUACGAGGAGGAGCUGGGCCGGCGGGAGACGCAGCACGCCUCGGAGCUCAAGGCGAUGCGCAAGGAGCUGCGCGACGGCGAGGGCCAGCACCUGGCACUGCAGAAGGAGAUCCUCAUGCUGAAGGACAAGCUGGAGAAGACCCGCCGAGAGAGUGAAGACAGUUUGAGCCAAAGCGAGCGAGAGGAGUUUGAGACGGACUCCAAACAGAAGUAUGAGAGAGAGCGCGUUCUUCUCACAGAGGAGAACAAGAAGUUAGCCAGCGAGCUGGAUAAGCUGUCCGGUAUGUUUGAGAAGGUGAGCAGCGCCAGACGGCAGCUGGAGGAGGAGCUGAGGGAGCUGUCCGACAAGAAGGAGAGCGUAGCGCACUGGGAGGCCCAGAUCACUGAGAUCAUCCAGUGGGUGAGUGAUGAGAAGGAUGCGCGGGGCUACCUGCAGGCGUUGGCCACCAAGAUGACGGAGGAGCUGGAGGGUCUGAGGAACACCAGCCUGGGGGCCCGUGCCACGGACAUGCCGUGGAAGAUGCGUCGCUUCGCCAAGCUGGACAUGUCGGCCCGUCUGGAGCUGCAGUCGGCCCUGGACGCUGAGAUCAGGGCCAAGCAGGGCAUCCAGGAUGAGCUCAACAAAGUCAAGGCCUCUAACAUCUCCACCGAGUGUAAACUACAGGAGGUGGAGAACAGGAACCAGGACCUGCUGUCUGAGAUCGACCGCCUGAAGAAGGAGACGGAGGAGAUGAGGCUGCGCAGGGGAGUUAAACACCAAGAUUCCCAGAAUUCCUUCCUGGCGUUCCUUAACGCCCCCACCUCAGCGCUGGAUCAGUUCGAUGACUCGUUCUCGUCCUCCUCUUCUUCUUUAGUAGAGUUUUGGGAAGACCGCUCGCCCUCCGUCGGCCCGAGUAGCAAAGGCAGACGUGUGGACUCUGUGGAUAACUUCACCCCCUCCAACACUCCAUCCCGGGAAGAUGACUCCAAAUCCCACCUCAAGUCUCGCUCCCGCUCCCCUUCCAUGGCCAGUGACCUGGAGCCCAUUGAGUUGAUAGACCACUCGCCUCGCUCCGGCCAGACGCCCACUCUACGGUCUGGGGGCUACGGUAGCAUCGGACGCUCCUCGCCCAAGCCCAAAGCCCACCAGUUUGUGGUGAAGUCCUUCAACACGCCCACCAAGUGCAACCAGUGCACCUCCCUGAUGGUGGGCCUGAAGCGCCAGGGCUGCACCUGCGAAGUGUGUAACUUCUCCUGCCACGUGACGUGUGCCGACAAGGCCCCGGCCGUAUGCCCGGUCCCCCAGGACCAGACCAAGGGGCCCCUGGGCAUCGACCCCCAGAGGGGCAUCGGCACCGCCUACGAGGGCCAUGUGAGGGUCCCCAAGCCCACAGGGGUGAAGAAGGGCUGGCAGAGGGCCAUGGCGGUGGUGUGCGACUUCAAGCUGUUCCUGUACGAGCUGGGGGAGGGCAAGGCGACCCUGCCCAGCGUGGUGGUCAGCCAGGUCAUCGACAUGAGAGACGAGGAGUUUUCCGUCAGCCCAGUGUUGGCCUCAGAUGUCAUCCACGCCAACCGCAAGGACAUCCCCUGCAUCUUCAGAGUGACGGCGUCGCAGCUGUCCCCGACGACCAGCCACAAGCCGUCCAUCCUGAUGCUGGCCGACAGCGACCAGGAGCGCAACAAGUGGGUGGGGCUUCUGAGCGAGCUGCACCGCAUCCUGAAGAAGAACAAGCUGAAGGAGCGCUUCGUCUACGUCCCCAAGGAGGCCUACGACUCCACCCUGCCGCUCAUCAAGACCACCCAGAGCGCCACCAUCAUCGAUCACGAGCGUGUUGCCCUUGGCAACGAGGAAGGCCUGUAUGUCAUCCAUGUUACCAAAGAUGAGAUCAUCCGUGUGGGCGACAACAAGAAGGUGCACCACAUCGACCUGAUUGGCCAGGAGCAGCUGCUGGCCGUCAUCUCGGGGCGCAACCGCCACGUGCGCCUCUUCCCCACGCAGGCGCUGGACGGCCGGGAGACGGACUCCUUCAAGCUGCCGGAGACCAAGGGCUGCCAGGCGCUGGUGUCGGGCCCCGUGCGCGGCGGCUCCGUCACCUGCCUCUGCGUGGCCAUGAAGAGGCAGGUCAUCUGCUACGAGGUGAACAAGAGCAAGUCUCGGCACCGCCGGGUGAGGGAUCUGCAGGCCCCGGGCCACGUCCAGUGGAUGGGUCUGCUCAACGAGCGCCUCUACGUGGGCUACCAGGCCGGCUUCACCCGCUACAGUGUCCAUGGCGACCACUCUCCGGUCAGCCUGCUGCACCCUGACGACCAGACGCUGGCCUUCAUCGCUCAGGACGGCCUGGACUCGCUGUGCGCCGUGGAGAUCUCCAGCAAGGAGCUGCUGCUGUGCUUCAGCGCCAUCGGCCUCUACGUCGACUCCCAGGGCCGCCGCUCCCGGCAGCAGGAGCUCAUGUGGCCCGCCACGCCCAACGCCGCCUGCUUCAACGCCCCCUACCUGUCUGUGUACAGCGAGAACGCCGUGGACGUGUUUGACGUCAACACAAUGGAGUGGAUACAGACCAUGCCUCUGAAGAAGGUGCGACCUCUGAACGUGGACGGCUCCCUGAACCUGCUGGGCUUGGAGACGGUCAGGCUCAUCUACUUCAGGAACAAGACGGCGGAGGGCGAUGAGCUGGUGGUCCCGGAGACGUCAGACAACAGCAGGAAGCAGCUGGUGCGCAGCAUGAACAACAAGCGGCGCUUCUCCUUCAGGGUCCCAGAGGAGGAGCGCCUGCAGCAGCGGAGGGAGAUGUUGCGAGACCCAGAGAUGAGGAGCAAGCUGAUCUCCAACCCAACCAACUUUAACCACGUGGCUCACAUGGGACCAGGAGACGGGAUCCAGAUCCUCAAAGACCUGCCCAUGAACGUGCGUGUUCAGGAGAACCGGGCGGGGUUCAGCGGCUCCGUCAGCAUCCCCUCCAUCACCAAGAACCGGGCGGAGCCGGGCCGCUCCAUGAGCGCCAGCAGUGGGCUGGGCAUCCGCUCGUCCUCUCAGAACGGCAGCGCCCUGCGUCGGGAGCUCUCUGGCGGGAGCUACAGCUCCAAGCGCCACACCAUGACGUCCCCGUCCGAGAGCUCGCUGUCGUCCGGCGGCGGCGGCGAGUGCGGGGACGCCCCGCUCUCCCAGUUCGACCGAGAGUGGCAGGCGGUCUCGCCGUCGGAGAAGACCCCCGAUCUGAAAAGGGCUUUAAGGACCCUGCUUAGUAAGAUGAAGGACUCUGACUCGCCCCGUCACUCCACGGCCUCCAACAGCUCCACCUUCAGCAGCCCCCCCAGUCCCGCCUCGCCCCACAAGACCAAGUCCCUGUCCUUGGAGAGCACGGACCGCAUGGCCUGGGACACAUGAGCCAAGCCGUCUCCACCUCCACCGCCGCCACCACCUCUGGUCCACCCAACCCACUCAACCCAUUGACUGACAGCACAGGACUCCAAUCCCUAUCUGCCAACCAAGCCCUCAGGGCCCGCCCCCUCCUCGCCCUCCAACAGAACUCAUCCAAUCGUAUCUCAUCUAAAGGUUCCUCCUCUUCUGACGUCGUACCCAAAGAACUCAUUGGCCAAUAGUGUGCUGGCCUACAUCGUCUCCCAGUAUGUCUGUAAAUACACGCUCAAAGGGCGGGUCUGGGGUCUUUCUUCUUUGGGUUAGUGGGUGUAUGUGUGGUGUGAGUUUGCGUUUUUAUUAGAAAAGGCAUUUAAAGGAUAUAGUAAGAAAUAACAUCCGCAAUACCCGUUGUGCCGCCGGCUCUUUCGCAAAUAACUUUCCCGAAACAUCGGAAACCUCGAUUUUUCCGGUGACUAUAAUGGGCUGCGCCGCUUGACUGAGUCACUGAGUUGCCAUCGGGAAAUCCGGUUUCCCGCCGAUUUGAAAAUCCCUCAAUGACCCCCUCAAUAGGCGACCGGCAGAGAGCAAAUAUGGAGAAGACAUGAUUCGUAUUGUACAUAGAACUCGCAGUGUUUUGAUCGGACGAAAUUUCCGUUUAUUUAUCGAUCUUAGACUUGGAAAGGCGGGCUCUUUGAGAGCCAGAGUGAAGCGGUGACAUAUAAUUUUUUACCUCGGGGAAAGAAUUGAUAUUGUAACACAAAAAGACAGACGAGCUGCAAUUUUAUUUUAUUUUAUUUUAUUUUAUUUUGCUCUUCUAAUUGACACUAGCUAGGUGCAGUGAAUGAAUUUUGACUGCGAUACGGCAGCGUUACUAAGCAACGCGUUACGGAGUGAGUUUUAUUUCUUUUUAGAGACUUACGCCCCACUCUGUCAUCUGGUCCGUAGGGAUUGUCUUUUUUUUGGUUUCAGACACGUGUGCGCAGACACUCAGAAUACAUUCGACACUGUGUGAUGACAUUGUCACGGCUCUCUUAUGCUAACCUCUUCCUCACCGGGGGCCAGUGAGAGUGACCUCAUCAGUAGAGCUCGGGACCACCUCCCAUGUAGAUGUAGCCCCCCCGACCGCCAUCCGGACCACGACCCACCAGUUGAACACCACACCAAUUUACUCGGCAACAACAAAAUGGAUUCCCACCACAAUAAUGUAUAUAGAAUCAAAGUAGAGAGUAAUAUAUGAUAUGGAAAAUACUAUAGCGAAAUACAUGGGAGAGAGAAAGAGAGAGAGAGAGAAAAAAUCCUUACUCUUUUGUUCAUCUUUUUAAACUUUUGUUGUAUUCUUUGGUCGAGUGAUUAUUUUUGCUGGGUUGUAUUCACACGGAAGCCAUUUUUAAACCACUUUCCAAUGCGUUUUUGUUUCUUUCUUUUUUUUAUCGUAUGUAUUACACAUUGCGUGUUCGAUUCUUCUUCACUUGGUUUGCGUUUUGGGUGAAGAAAGUUGUUAUUAUCGGUGGUCGAGUAACCAGAGGCAUUUAACACACACACACACACACACACACACACACACACACACACACACACACACACACACACACACACACACACACACACACACACACACACACACACACACACACACACACACACACACACACACACGUGUGUGUGUCUGAAGCUCACUGGGUCAGUGCAGGCACGCACACACACACACACACAUACAGAAGUGGUGAGGUGACCGCGUCAUUCUGCUCUACCUUAGUAGCAGAGAGAAGGCAGCCGAGUUUUCUUCUGAACUUUCAUUGGUCGAUCGGUGCGUCACGAAUGCUGGUUAAUUUCCAACCAACCCUUUGGUAUCCCUGGUUCUGAAGUGGAGACAUGUGGGGGCGAGAACUCAUUCAAACCAAAAGAAAGAAGAUUUGUCGAUUCUGAUCGCCUUGUGUGUUCUGAAGACUGUUGAACUGAUGCGUUGAGUCUGGACGAAUUGAAACGCAUUAAAGAAACUAAAAGGAGAUUGUAACCAUUGAGUGGCGACGGAGAGGAAAGGUCAUCCUUCUGUGUUUUAUUUUAUUUAUUCCAGAUCUCCUGUCAUUUGUUCUUCAGACUAUUUAACCUGUGGGUUAUCGUGUGUUGGUUAAAUCUGGAGGGAAGCAGCAAGGCACUAUUUAUAAGGCAACACAAAACAAUUGAAAAGGAUCUCUAUUGAAAUGUACUGGCGAAAGCUGUGGGGGGGAGGCUGCAGGCCGCAGGUUACAGGGAAGUUACUGGCCCUCGUGUUUUUUUUUAACCUAGCCAACCAAUCGCUUGUUCCCAUCGGGGCUAAAGCCAAACACUAGCCUUUAGCACCGAGUGCUGCUAUCCGGCCGUUAUAACACAUUGUAAAGUAGGCCUACUAUUCAAAGACGUAGACAAAACACGCCGUCAUCCACGUACGAUGCUAUAUAUGUUAGGCUCUAGAGGCAGACGCUCAUAGCAAUACCAAUUUGUAACAUGAUGUGAUAAAGUUAUGUCUUGUAACUGUUGAUGCCACUGAUUUCCCUGUAAGCUGAGGAUCUGCUUUGUCUGCAAGUACUCAACACCUGUUCAACCUCGUUUCUGGUCGAGGGUGUCUAUCUCUUCCUCUGAGGUUGAUUCCGGGCAUAGUCAAUUUGGAUCAUUAUCAUGGUUGAGCUCUACUACUGAAACCUCGGGGCUCCCUUUAUGAAAUGUGGGUGGCUACUAGUGUUUCCAAUCCUAAGAAAGUAGCUUGACCAUAUAUCGCUAAAAGCUAAACACACCAAUACGUUUCUGCCCCUUUCCAAAAUCGUCACUUUUAAUUCCAAUAGAAAAUAAUUCCUUGCUUGAAAUUCAGCGUUUAUAAGAAUAAGUUCUUUUUUUUUCUUUAGAUACGAGAGUGCAAUGUGAAUUCCGACACUCCAGAUUGUGACAAAACCUGGUUUUAAUUCCAAGAGAUCAGCACCUCCUAUAGGGCAUUUGUUUUAAUUUCACCUUAACCUCACUAUCAAAACUACCUGCUGGACUUUGUCUGUGUGGAAAGGAUUCGAGGUCCAUGGAUACUACAUACUGUAUAGACCCCCCCCCCCCCACUCAACCUGCUACAACGAAAAUGUUUGAGGGAAAAAAUUAAAUGAACUCAGGAAAUGUUGGAACCAAUUAAUAUUUUCACAAAAUGAUGGAGAUGAGUGUGCUAGAAUUUGGGAUUGAUGAAUGAGUGAAUGAAGGUGUGAACCGGUGAAUUGAUGAGAAGAGAGAGAGAGAGAGAGAAUUCUAGCUAUAGUGUAGGAGGGUACCAGGUUUUGGGGGAAAUUAUCAAGGUGGUCUAAAGGGUUUUUAUGAAAUUUUAUUAAGAUAUAGUAGGGACGGAGCCCGUUGGUUUGACACUAGUUGUUGGCUGCGUUGCCACAGUGGUAGCCCCGAAGAAGUGGAGAAUAAAAUUUGCCUUUUGCAUUUCAGUGAGGUCUUAUCUACACUACUUUCUAUAUUGUUUUCCUUUCUUUCAUAUCAUAUUACACUUUUUGUUUUUGUUUUUCUAGGAUUGCUUUGUAAUAAUUUGUACAGUUUUGCAUGUUAUAGAUGUAAUCUUUUUUUUUUUUUUUCUUGGACUUGGCUUUUUUGUUUUUCAACGGUUUGGGCGUUUUGUGUCGUUUUAUUUUUUGCUGAGGAUAACCCACUACAGGUGUUGUAGAUUCUUUUUUGCACAAAAAAACAUAUUUAAGGUGUAAGGUCAAUUCAAAAACAAAAAAAGAGAUAAUGUAUGAAAGUGGCAGCCACGCGUAUGUGGAGAACUCAUGUUAAUCUGUCUCCGAUGUAUUUCAAUAAAACGGAGCGCUGUUACAAACACAA